GAGUGACGUUGACCUACCCAAGUGGAAAGCGAAGAUCGUUUUGCUAGGCUUUUAAAUCAUUCGUAAUUAUGCUCCUUCUCAAAACUACGGCGUUAAUGAUAUUAUUCGUUUUAACCAAUGUCAAGUGCCAAACAUUCACGGAUAUUCCACCAGAAGAUUACACCACGAGAAGCAGCCUUGAUGACUGUGUCGAUCGCUUCUACACCAACAAGAGUUAUGUCUUUUUUACAUCAGUGCACAAUGGAGAUCCAGUUCAACCGGGCGAGUAUAGUGCUUUUGCCGCCAUUGGAUGGACUCGCAGUUCGUCGAAGAUAGAUUAUUUCUGCGGUGGGACGUUGAUCACGUUGAACUACGUUCUGACGGCCGCCCACUGUGUGGUGGACGGCGAACAACAGCCACCAGAUACGGUUAGACUCGGAGACGUUGAUCUAUUCCAUUCCGAGGGUGAUGAAAAUGCUCAGCAAAUCGCGAUCAAGCGCUUCCUCAAACAUCCAGACUUUAGAGCUGCACGAGCUUACCACGAUAUUGCCUUGAUAGAAUUGGAACAGGCCGUCAAACCGGGAAUGUUCGUUUGCUCGGCUUGUCUUUGGACUGGGUUGGAUUUGAACUUCGACAGCUUAACGGUGAUGGGAUUUGGAUCGACUAAUUUUAGUUCAGGUUCGAGCCCUGUUCUACUCAAAGCUGAACUAGCUCCGCUGGGAGCAGUGGAAUGCACCGAUCGAUUCCCGAAGCAUCGUAAAAUAGCGGACGGUAUACUGGAAAGUCAAUUCUGCGCUGCUGCACCGAACCAGGAUGCCUGUCCGGGUGAUUCCGGUGGUCCGAUUCUGGUGGAUUUGGUUGACCCUUUUGGUGCCAAGAAGAAGAUUCCAUUCGUAGCAGGAAUCAUCUCGAUUGGAACGGGUUGCAGUGCUGGAUCAAUGGGACUGUAUACGAGAGUUGCAUCCUACAUAUACUGGAUCCAGAAGGAGACGGGUGCUUCGUUUGACCCUAAGCAAUGUGCCAGAGAUACGGAAUGCGUGUCACACUAUAAGGACAUCCAAAGUUCCGUUCAGUAUCCGUUGGUUGCCCCCGAUUUUCGCGUAGACCUGAUGAACGAUGAAAGCGAUGUCGCCAUCUGUGGAGGUGCGCUAAUAGACUACCGGCACGUCAUCACUUCAGCUGAUUGUGUGUCGGGACCAAACAAACCUACUUUUGUGUUGCUGGGAACCGAUCGAGCGAACAUAUCGGAUAUUACGCUACACCCUGAAUCGCAAAGGGAACAAAAUAACUUGGCUGUUGUUACGUUAGAACAAUUUAUCAACUUUGAGACGACCCGUAAGUUCGCUGGUCCCGCAUGCCUGUGGAAGAAGGACUUCAUUCCAGAGAAGAAGGUCUUCGUGUCGGCCAUCCGACCGGAUGAUCGGAAGCAAUUGGUUGUUAAUGCAACUAUCACUCAGGAUGAUCUGUGUAAAGAAGGUCUAAUCUGUGCGAUGAAUAGGGAGAAUUUGAUUCCGGAUACUUGUACGUACGGGCUCGGAGGUCCCGUAACUAACUAUCAUUCCAAAAUCAAAGUCUAUAUUCCAUUCCUGUACGGUGUGAACACGGAAGGUUCUAGCUGUGGAGGACGUGGAAAUCGAUUCAAAGCAGUAGCUACAGCUCAACACUACACCUGGAUCGAGUCCGUAGUAUUGAAACACAUCAUUGAGGCUCUAGAUUUGCAAGUACCGUCAUCUCAGCAUGAAUAUUUUGUGGACAAUCCGUGCCUUCCAGCAACUGGGGGUGGCUUGGGGCGAUGUGUUCCGGCCGAAGGCUGUCAACGGUUAAUGAAGGAGCAUCGUCAAGGUUUGGCAAAGAUCAAGACUUGUGCGUUCGAGGGACACCAGCCGAUCGUCUGCUGCCCCAAUAGUUAUUUGUAAUUCACAGUGAUGGUUUUUAACAUGUGCUUUUAUUUAUUUUUGGAAAUAUAUAGAC